AUGCUCCCCUCGAGUGGUGCUGGUAUUCUUGGUGAACUGUUGUUGAAUUCCAAGGAUUUCCAAAUUGAAGAGGUCAAGAAUAAUCAUAAAAUUUCAAACUGUGUUUGGAUAUAUUUAAUGAAUUCAACAACCCCUGGAAAUGUUGAGAAAAAUUUAGGGAAAUGUAAAGAAAUUCUUACUGGUGAUAAUAACAUGAAUUAUAAUACAGUGCUAGAGGAUUUGAGUUCUAUCCUAUUCAAGCUUAACGUUGAGGAUGCAAGCAAUAUUUCAGACGAUUCAUGGAGAUGCAUUCUGAAAAUGGUUGAAAUUUGUCUAUUAAGACCGCCCACUAUUCUUAAAAAUAUAUCUAAUCGUAGUUUAUUACCUAUCCUUGGACAUCUUUUUGUUCGCUUUCUUGAAUUACUUCGAAGCCAGCGAAGUGAUGAUCUCAGGCUUGAUUCAAUUAAAGCAAUACAUGCACUUGUUGAUCAUUUUGAAAAGAAGCUCAAGACAGCCAGAUCAUUCAAAAUUGCUCUACGAGCUUCAUAUUUUCUGAAGAUGCUUCCUGGUUUAUCCCAAAGCUUGCUUGCUUCCAUUGUCGGUGAAAAGGGAAGAAAUUCAACCAUCAAAGCGAAAUCCCUUGUGGCUUUAGCGAGAGUAAUUUGUGUUUGCUUCGGGAUGGAUGUUUGUGAAUCUAUCAAAUCUCUUGAUAAAGAUACCAGUGCCCAAUUGGAUUUAUCUCAGUUUAAUUCACUUAUGUCCGACUCUGUGAAGCAUCUAAAGAAACUCGUACAUAUAUGCCUUUCAUCCAUAUUUGCUGAAGUUGUUACCUAUUCAGCCUCGGCAAAGCAACGACUAUUCGAUUCGGUCCUAGCUUUUUCCUCUGAGAUUCUAAAAAGCUGUUGGCAUUUCCUCAAUCUUAAUGCAGAAGCUCAGAAUCUGAGAGAUGAUUUGAUUCGUGCUUUGAUUAUUGUGAAUAUUGAGGAGGGUUGCUCAACAUUUAACAAAGCGUCCGAUCUACUAUCAGAAAUUACUGGUAGAAACUUCCCUAUUUCUGAAAGUCAGAAAUUCACCCAUGAAAUAGAAAUUCCCCUGUCUGGCAGAGAAGUUAUAAAUGACAUCUCCCUCCAAAUUAUAGUUGAUAUUGUAAAAGACAUCGAUAAUGGCUUGCAAGGUAGUCGUGAUGAAAAUAUUACCAGAUCUCUUUUGUCACGAUUGUGUGGAGUGAUAAAUUACCUUGGACCCACUGUUAUUUCUUCAUUUAUGGGUAAUAAAGUUAACUGGGAAAACUUUCUAACAACAUUAUGUAAAUAUCUUGAACUGCAGUUGGAAGAUAUAUGCCUCGUUGAUCAGAUUAACACUCUAUCUCCUAAUAGCAACGCAUCAAAUUCUGUGAGCCAACUAUUUAGAAAGCAGUUUGUACAUUUUCGUAAUCCUGCUAAUCUUCAUAAAACGCUUGAAGUUAUGCGUUUGCUUAUAUCUACAUGUAAUAAUUUUGACUUCGUAGCUGAAACAUUGUUGGAAAUCGGAAUUGCUGAUGAAAACCUUGAAAGUUCUUCGUUGAUUCUCCUUUCCGCAUGUCUUUCGGCUCUUUCUAGCUGUGGUGCCGUAGAUGAUAUUUUUCCCAAGGGUUUUAAUGGAAAUUUCGAUUGUCCUAUUGUUUGUUUUCAUUUCACACUUUCCGGUUUCCCUUCAUUAGAUGAUCUACCCAAGUCAGAGAGAUUUGGUCUUGCUCUCACUCUAUUAGAGAAAUUGGCCGAACGGAACUACCUUCAACUGGAGACUGAGGUUGAUCAAACUUCUCUAGCGCAGUGGCCUCUUUCGUCCAAGCCUACUGUAAUCAAGACACCAUCCGUUAGAUCACGAGAACAGAAACUGGAAUGCCUGAAAUCCUGCAUCUUCAUUGAAUGCAUAGUUGCUACUUCAUCAAUUUGGAGAUCUUCAGAAGAAAGUACAGUAUAUCCGGAUGAGAUCCUACCCUACAUAAUGCAGAUGUUUAGUUUUGCUGCUGGUGACGGCCUUCUGUCUUCAACUGCCCAAAAGGCUCUGGAGUGCAUUUCUGCCAACUGUGGCUAUGCAAAACUGGAAGACUUUCUCUCAGUCGUUUCAGAGUCCAUUUUAUGCUCUCUCAACAUUGAUUUUCAUGCGAUCUUUCUUGCUGUGCCGUCAGACGAUUUAACCUCGCCUUCGCCGGCGUUGAUGCUCAAAUUGCAGCAGACUUGUCGUUCCCUCUCCUACUUUGUGGAUCAUACCAACGCAGAUGUUAUUUAUCGGCUUCAGCCGCUGGUUAUGCAGAUGCUGCUAUGCAUGGAUUUAAGCUACCAGUUCGCCGCCUCAUCUUUCAUCAUGGUUCUCCGCAAAGUUAUAGCUUUAUGUGCAAGGAUUGGUUCUACUUCAUCUGGCUCAAAGUUGAUUCCUAUAAAACCGCCAGCAAUAUGCGACCCCUCAGAACUCGGAAAAAGAAAGGAAAACAUGGUGGAAAAACUGCGAAAUCGCCAAGUGGACAAAAUUACUCUUUCCGACGUUUGUGAACGGACUUUCAGUAAGGCUACUCAACUACUGGCAUCAACCCGGAAGCAGCACAACUAUGUACUUACUGGUGUGUCAACAAAGGAUACUAUUGAAUCGAAUGAUCAUGAGACGGAUGUCUCUGAGGUCACUUCUGAUAAGCCAGUAUACCGAAAACCUCAUUUUAGACUUGUUGAAGAGAUUAUGCUUCGCUGUACCCAUUUGAUGUCAAGCAAUGAACCUCGUGUCAAAAUGGCCUCCAUGUGUCUUCUCUCAGAUGGUUGUUUAGUUAUAACAGAUGAAGAUAUUCUUUUGCCUCUUGUGCAUAAGAUAUGGUCUCCACUACUGGCGAGGAUACAAGAUCGUCAUCCGGCGAUUGUCCAACAGGCUUUUGAGUUGUUCUCGACGCUGACAUUCGUUGCUGGUACAUUUAUUCGCUCUCGAGUAUCGAGCGAUUUGGUAGCAUCAUUGGUAUCGUUUCUUCAGAAGGGAGCUUCGAUUAGCUCCGGCAAAACGUCAUCAUACGAAUGUCUUACUGCUUGUUCAGUCCAAAAACGACUUCUUUAUGCACUUGGACCUAUCUGCGUUCAGUUACGUAUGUUUUCUAACAUGCUACACCCUGUUGUCAGAGUACUGUGCGAAUACACUGGCAAGGAUCAGCCUUUAGUACUGCGUGAAGCCGCAGCGCAUUCCCUGCUGAAGCUAUGUGAACUUGAUCCCGGAGUCGUGAUAUAUGAAUUAAACCAGCAUGGGCAGAAAUAA